AUGACAACAGAAUCCUGGAGCCCCACCCCUGGAGAGGGAGAUGAAAACUAUGAGUGGUCAGGGGACUAUGGGGAGCUAAUGUUCUGUCCCACUCCUGACCUCCCCUAUGGCCAUAUUUUUAUACCCCUCCUCUACCUGGCUGCCUUUGGGGUGGGGCUGGUGGGCAACUCCUUUGUGGUUUGGCUGCUGGCUGGGCAGCAAGGCCCCCGGAGGCUUGUGGAUACCUUUGUGCUCCACCUGGCUAUGGCUGACCUGAUGUUUGUGGUCACGCUACCAUUCUGGGCCACAGCUGCAGGACUGGGUGGCCACUGGACCUUUGGAGAGGGCCUGUGCAAGGUCAGCAGUUUUAUUAUUGCAGUGACUCGAUGUGCCAGUAUCCUGCUCUUGACUGGCAUGAGUGUGGAUCGAUACUUAGCUGUGGUGAAACUCCUGGAUGCUAGGCCUCUUCGGAACCGGGGCUGCAUGCUGACAACAUGUGGUGUGAUCUGGACCAUCUCCAUUCUGGCUGGUGUUCCCUCCUUGGUCUAUAGAAAACUGCUACCCAUGCCAGUGGGUCCAGGCAGCCUGUGCGGAGAUGAACCUACUGAUAUCUUCCAGUGGCUCAGCCUCCUGGUCCUCUUCCUCACUUUUGUCCUCCCCCUGGGUAUCAUCAUUUUCUGCUACUCCCUCAUCUCUCAACGUCUCUGGAACCCUCCCCACCUGGGCCGGGGCCGGAAGAACUCCCUCAGGAUCAUCUUUGCCAUCGUGGGUACCUUCACCUGCUCUUGGCUCCCGUUUAGCAUCCUGAAGACCUUUUUCCACAUUGCCCACCUGAGGACUCUGCCUUUAGACUGCCCGUUGCUUCUGGUACUGCGCUGGGGCCUCACUCUCUCUACCUGCCUUGCCUUUGUCAACAGUAGCGCCAACCCCAUCAUCUACCUACUUCUGGAUCGAUCCUUCCGGGCUCGAGCUCAUGGGGCAUGCAAGAAGAAUCACCCUCCCCUGCCCAGCAGAGUGAGCUCAACCUCCUCUCUCUCAGGGGGGGACAGUUCCAUAUUCCAAGGCUGGGCCUUGGGAUGGCCACGGAACACCCGCCUGGCCCUUAGGCUUUCCUUACUCCGGAAUCCAUGA